CUCCUUCCUUUCCCUAGUUCCCAUACUUGUUCAACCCGCUCUUUCUCUGUCUCUCUCUCUUUUUUCAGUAAUGGCUUCUUCUUCUUCAGCGGAGGAUCACGGCCUCCUCCUCGGCCUAACCCUUUCCACCGCCCACCGCAACCACAUCACCGCCGCCGCCAACCUCAACGGCGUCCACAGUUUCGAGCCUUCCCUCAGCCUCACCCUCCUCUCCGGUACCGAUCACGCCGACCAAGUUUCCGAUGCUGAUGCGGCGGUCAAGAAAGGAACUGGAUGUGCCCGGCAGGAGGCGUCGCCGCCCAACAGCGCGGUGUCGUCGUUCUCGGCGGCCAGCGGCGGGGGUAGGAUGGUGAUCGUGAAGAGGGAGAGGGACGGUCUCAGCUCCACCGACGAGAUGGAUACGGCGGAGAGGGUGGUCUCGUCGUCCAGGGCCAGCGACGACGACGACGACGGAGGGUCAACCGCCGCCGCCCGGAAAAAGCUGCGUCUCACGAAAGAUCAGUCCGCCCUUUUGGAAGAGAGCUUCAAGCAUCACUCCACCCUUAACCCCAAGCAAAAGCAAGCUCUGGCAAGGCAGUUAAAUCUGCGGCCCAGGCAGGUUGAAGUUUGGUUCCAGAACAGGAGGGCCAGGACGAAACUGAAGCAGACGGAGGUGGAUUGUGAGUUCCUGAAGAAGUGUUGCGAGACGCUGACCGACGAGAACAGGAGGCUGCACAAGGAGCUUCAGGAUUUGAAGGCUCUCAAACUGCCACCACCGCAGGCCGCAGCUGCGGCGGCGGCGCAGUUUUACAUGCACAUGCCGGCGGCCACCCUCUCUAUGUGCCCCUCUUGCGAGAGGGUCGGUGGCCCCGCCGCCGGAUCUGUUGCCCCGGCAGCUUCCACCGCCGGUGGCGCUGAUCAUCAUCGUGGAGGUGGUUCUGAUGGUAAUAGCGCCUUCUCCAUUGCUCAAAAGCCUCAGUUCUUCAAUCCGUUCACGAACCCCUCUGCAGCGUGCUGAUUUGUCGGGGGAAAGAAAACGACAACCUCGACAGAACCAAAAAACAAAAAGAAAAGGAUGCAUGUUGUCUAGAUAUAGGUAAGAAAUGAUCAAGAGGAUAUUAGUUAUUGAUGAUUAUAUAGAAGGAGAAAGGAUUUCAGAGAAGAAGAACAUAUAUACAAAGAUUAAAGGACAAGUAAACUUUAAUUACCCCAACAAUCCCUCUGUUUUUUGGUGAGGGGAUGGUACAAGUGGUGAAAGAUGAAGACUAAUUACUGUAAUUAACUUUUUGUUACUUCUUUUAGAAGAAGGGAGAAAAAAAGGUUAGUUAGAAUAAUGGUAGAAGUUGUUUCUUUCUUUAUUUUACCGCUUAGUUACUCCUACUUUCUGUACUUACAACUUUCAUGUAUAUAUUUAUUGAUUUGUAUCGUUAAUAUUACUAGU